GCUCCUUCCUGGUGGGUCAACAUGAACACACUGACUGUGCUUUGCUUUGCGGUUGUGGCUGCCUGCGCCAGCGGGCAACUGCUGGGCUAUCCAGGUGUGCUUGGCGCUUACCCAGGUGUCUUGGGCUCCUACCCAGGUGUCUUGGGCUCCUACUCAGGUGUCCUACCUUCCGCAUCACCUAUCAACGCCCUCACACCUUACAACGCAGCUCCUCUUGCCCCUGUAUCCCCCGUUCAGUCCAAGUACCACCUUCAGGACGAACUGGGUCAGUACUCCUUCGGCUACGCUGGUGGUCCUUCUACUCGCUCCGAAACCCGUGACGCCUUCGGCAAUGUCCGUGGACAUUACAAUUACAUCGACGCAGACGGCAAAGUACAGACCCAGCACUACGUGGCCGACGCCCUGGGUUUCCGUGUGGCCGGCACCAACCUGCCCGUGGCCCCAGAUGCCCCAGCACCUGUUGCCCUGGCUGCCCCAGGUCCCCUCCCCGAGCCAGUUCAAGACACCCCUGAAGUCGCCGCCGCCAAGGUCGCCUUCCAGGCUGCUUACGAUGAGGCCGCAGCCGCCGCUGCAGCCGCCCCUGACACCAGCAAAUAGAGCAUAGUCAAUUUGUAUCUAAUUGUGGAGCGACGUAGAGCACUGGGACCAUGGUUUAGUACCUUACCCUUAGGUUGGAAUACUGAGCAUUUCAACCUAACUUUACCCAAAUUAUUUUACUUUACCUAACAUCAUUGGGUGAGGACGCAAUCGAUCACCACCACAUCGGUCCCUGUGUUGACUCGCUUUCACACAUCUGUGGUUAUGUAAACAAAGAUUAUAUAUAUAU